CCGAGAAGCUGUUUUUAUCUAUCUACUCCAUCGUCUCCAUUUUCCUUUCCCACCCCCCUCCUUCUAAGUUGUUGUCUAUGUAGUUAUUCGUUUGGAUUACAUUUCGACGCCUUCGAUGCCUUGAUUUCGUUUGUUUUUCUUUGGAUUGUAUUUCACACUCCCCCUUGCCGUUUGAUCCUCUUGUGCUAUAUCCACCUCCAAUUGUCUUGUCCACUUAUAUCUAUCGUUGUUUGUUCAUCUUGUGUCCCGGUAUCCCCACCGCUGUCCGCUCCCCGCUGUCCCUAUCGGCGAUUGUCCCGCAUCUCAAGAUAGUCUUGAAUAUCCACGCCUUAGACCGCUACAGCUAUGGCACCUGGCGGUGGACGAGACUUCAGCUGCUCCUGGGAGCAUUGUGGAAAGUCAUUCAAUCGCAAAUCGGAUCUUUGCCGACACUAUCGCAUACAUACCAACGAACGGCCUUACCACUGUACGGUGAAAGAUUGCAACAAGAGUUUUAUUCAACGGAGUGCGUUGACUGUCCAUUCGCGAACGCAUACUGGGGAGAAGCCUCAUGUUUGCGAUCAUGAAGGAUGCCACAAAGCAUUUUCCGACUCCUCAAGUUUAGCCCGCCACCGGAGGAUUCACACGGGAAAGCGGCCAUAUAUCUGUCAGGAACCAACAUGCGAGCGAAGCUUUUGUAGGAAAACGACACUCACUAAGCACCAGCACCGUUCACACCCUCCAGGCACAGUAACUCGCCCACCAUCCGAGGAUGCGACUUCCGAACAUUCCUACCAGACACCCGUCCCCGCCUCAGUACCGAACGACCAAUAUCUCCUUGCUCAACAGCCCUACUACCCCCACGCGCAAACUCCAUCUCAUGAUUUCUAUCCACCAACGAGUCUCCCAAUAACGCCUGUUCCUGUGCAAGAUGCGCCGCCGAUCGUAACUCAGAGUGUACCGGUAACAUCACCCGUCGAUGUACACCAAGCGCAACAGCAAUACAUGCAACUCAUGCAACAGCGGUAUGACCCAAGCCGUCAGGGGUACAGUAUUCCUCCGGAAUUUCAGCAACCCUUUCCCGGUGUUCCCACUAUGGAAGGCCACCCGCUGAUGGUCACCUAUCCCCAUAAUUUCCAAUAUAAGCAACACCAAACUCGCAUUCUUAACCAACCCGAGGGAACCGACUGGGGCUUCUUAGGAGUAGGUUAAGUAGUACUAUGGGCUCGCCCAAGCCACCAAUGUAACCACUAGCAUCUUUUGCGGCCAUUGUGUUCGACCCUUUCGGAGAAUCGCCAUGA